AUGGCACGAUUAAUAUCUCGAACAUCCUCCCGCCCAACCACCCUCCUAAUCGCCCUCCUAACCCUCGCCAACAACACUCUUUCCUCACUCCUAAUCCACCAACUCCCUGAUGACCCAUUUCAUCUGGCUGUCCACUAUAGUUUCUAUCUACAUUUCGCCAAUGUACUGAGUAUUUUUGGGGUUAUUGGGGCGCUGAGGAAACAUCCCCUCUCCAUCCUCCUCUUCAGCACCUACCUCCUUCUCGACACCCUCCUCAGCGCCAUUCCCCGCCUACUUCUUCUCACCCUCCUCUCGAAAUCCUCAUCUAUCAUCUGCGCCCCCAACUCCACCACUUCUCUCGAUUUCUCUACUCGAUCUCCCUCUUCCCUCUCCCCAGCUUCUUCCCCCAUCUCCGCAUAUACAUAUUCUCUCUCCUCCCAUAUCCCUCCCAACACACAUAUCCCCACAUUCUCAGAUUACAUGUCCCCGAUGGAUAUGGAUGGAGAGCAGCGCUGGACGGCAAAUGGAUGUGCGAGGAUUGUGCAGUUGGGAUAUGUGACGUUGAUGGUGGGGGUGGUGGCGGCGAUGGGGUUGCAGGUUUUGGGCGCCCUGUGUGUGAGGGAUUAUGCAGGGGAUUUGUUUCUGGUGGAGAGGGAGAAGGAGAUAGAGUUGGAGUUGGAGAUGGGGUUGGGAGAGGGAGGGGUGGAGGGAGUGGGAAGGGGAGAUCGGGAUGGGGGAAAAGGGAAGACGUGGAGAUACUAG